AUGGGGGAAGGUGAAGGUGAAGUUUGCAUGUCUGUUUUGAACGAUGGAUUGAUGGAUAUUGACAAGCAACUCGAAGUGAAGCGCGACCAGCCAUGGAUGUUGGAUGGUGCUGAAGUAGAACCCUAUGCGAAGAGACAGGCAAAGGAAUCUUGUGUUCAAAGAAAGGCAAGUGAAGGUUUGAAUAAAUCUGAUUUAGAGCCUAUCACUGAGAGCCAUAAUAUAGAAGUUUUGAACAAUAAUAAGUUAGAGCAUUUCGAAGGGGAGAUAAAAGAAGUUUUGAAUGGUACUGAAAAACAACCUUGGGCUGAAAGCCAGGCAGAGGAAGUUCCUAAUGAUUCAGAAUCAAAGCCUUUAGCUCAUACCCAAGACAAAGGAAUUAUAAAAAGUAGUGAAUUAGAUGCUUGGGCUCAAGAUGUAAGAGAGGAAGUUUUGAACAGUAGGGAGUUGCGGCCCUUUGCUGAAAGUGGCAAAAAUGAAGCUUUUAAUGAAAAUUGUGAGCAAAGGCUGUUAAAAGAAGUGUUAAAUGGUGUUAAACUAGAGCUGAAGGAAGCAACAAAUGACCUUGAGGUGGUACAUUCUGCUGAUAAUCAUGUUAUGAAAGCACUAGAAGAUGGUGACUUGGAGCAUUUUUCUGCUGAAGAUAAGGUGACAGAAGCACCAAAUGACGUUGAAUUGGAGCCUUACGCUAAUAAUCAAGUGAAAGAGGCGUCCAAUGAUGAUAUUUUAUCUGAAGUUUCAAAUCCAUUUCUGUCUCCCAAGGAUGUUACUUCAAGCGUGACCACUAUUAGCCAACGAGCUGAAAUGGUUGGAAAGGACCGUGUUGGUUCUGGAGAGAUUUUAUAUUCAUGUUCCCGAAACUUGAGCAACAGAAGUUUGUGCGAGGAAGAGCACAAUAGAAAUGAAACGUCAGAAUCAGUUACUGUUUCCCGUGUUGUGCUCGAAAUUCCGAAGGAUGUUAGCACCACUGGUAUAAGGAAGAUCACAUUUAAGUUUAGCAAACCCAAGGAGGAUUUUUACUUGGCGGUUCCUGCUGCUGAGCCUUUGACUAAUAAUGGAUUUCCUAAUUACUAUGUUGACAAUCCAUCACGUGGUCCUGUUUCUCAGCCCAUACCAAGCAAUCACUACAAAAAUGCGUGGAAUGCUUUUGAUUUUGGUGAUAUGAACGGAGAAAUGAACUCAUCCAAAGAUGUGAAUGAUUUUCAUGAAACCCAAAGUCCUUUCCCAUGUGUACCCAACAGGGAAUUGAAGAUGUCUAAGAAGGUAAUUCCAGAGAAUUACCCAACAAAUGUUAAAGAGCUUCUGUCUACUAGAAUUCUGGAAGGAGCAAGAGUGAAGUAUAUUUCUAUUUCCAGGGAGAGAGAGGUUCCAGGAAUCAUAAAAGAUGGUGGUUAUUUGUGUGGUUGUUCAAUUUGCAACUUCUCUAAAGUGGUUAGUGCAUAUGAGUUCGAAGUGCAUGCUGGUAGCAAGACUAGACAUCCAAAUAAUAAUAUAUAUCUGGAGAAUGGGAAGCCCAUUCACAGUAUAAUUCGAGAAAUGAAGACUGCACCUCUCAGCAUGCUAGAUGAAGUAAUACAAGAUGUGGCUGGUUCUUCCGUCAAUGAAGAGUACUUCCAAGUUUGGAAAGCAAACCUUCAACAUGAUAAUGAGAUGGUCUAUGCCGACCAAAUUCGUCACAGCCAUUGCUUUGGAACACACCCCUCCGCAAUCAGCUAUCUGAGUCAGACUACUGAAGACUCUGGAACUCCUGCUUGUUCUUAUUCUCACAACAAGGCCUUAAAUCAGCAGAGCUAUGUAGAGGCCCCAGCAGAGCAGAAGCGCUUGAUCAAAAAGCCGAGACACUAUUUUUCUAGUUCAGUUGGAGAACAUAAGAGAUCUUUUGAAGGUGGCACGAAAAAAAGGGAUAAUGAUUUACAUCGAUUGCUUUUCAUGCCAAAUGGACUUCCGGAUGGGACUGAUUUGGCUUACUAUUCGAGAGGAAAGAGGAUUAUUGGUGGUUACAAGCAAGGGAAUGGUAUAGUCUGUAGUUGUUGUAACACUGCGAUUAGUCCUUCCCAGUUCGAGGCCCAUGCUGGAUGGGCAGCAAAACGUCAACCAUAUCGUCAUAUCUAUACAUCCAGUGGCUUGACACUUCAUGAUGUAGCUUUAAUGUUGGCAAAUGGUCAAAAUCUUGCCACUGGUAGCAGUGAUGAUAUGUGUGCUGUAUGCGGGGAUGGAGGGGAACUUAUUAUAUGUAAUGGUUGCCCUCGGGCUUUUCAUGCAGCUUGUUUGGGUUUACAGUGUCUCCCUGCCAAUGAUUGGCACUGUCCAUUCUGCAGAGACAAAUUUGGACCUUGUAAGAGAGCAGCUGAGGAGUCAAGACCUAAUAUCAUUCGGCUGACAAGAGUUGUUAAAGCACCAGAGUCCGAACCUGGUGGUUGUGUUGUAUGCAGGUCCCAGGACUUUAGUGCUGCGAACUUUGAUGACCGUACCGUGAUACUCUGUGAUCAAUGUGAGAAGGAAUACCAUGUCGGCUGCCUGCGGGAAUCUGGGCUCUGUGAUCUGAAAGAACUGCCCCAGGAUAAAUGGUUUUGUUGUGACAAGUGCCAUAAGAUUUAUGUGGCACUUCAGAACUUUGCUUCCGGUGGACCUGAGGUGAUUCCAGCUCCUGUGUUAGCUGCACUAGCUACAAAACAUGCAGACAGAGGUCUAAGUGAUGGUUAUAGAAAUGACAUUCAUUGGCGAAUUUUAAGUGGAAAAAGUCGCCAUCCACAGCAUUUGUUGCUGCUUUCCCGUGCUGCAGCAAUCUUUCGUGAGCGCUUUGAUCCUAUUAUUUCCAAAUCUGGUCGAGAUCUCAUACCUGUUAUGGUGUAUGGGAGAAACAUAUCUGGGCAAGAAUUUAGUGGGAUGUAUUGUAUUGUUUUAAUAGUAAAGUCAGUAGUUGUAUCAGCUGGUCUUAUCCGGAUUUUUGGACGAGAGGUAGCAGAGCUUCCUUUAGUGGCUACAAGUAGAUCGAAACAAAGAAAAGGCUAUUUUCAAGCACUGUUUUCAUGCAUUGAGAGGCUACUUUCCUCUAUGAAUGUAAAAACUUUGGUACUCCCUGCUGCUGAGGAAGCUGAAUCUAUGUGGACGAAGAAGUUAGGCUUCAGAAAGAUGAGUGACGAACAAAUGUUUAAGUACACAAGGAUCCUUCAGUUAACAAUAUUUAAGGGGACAUCAUUGUUGGAAAAGGAGGUGCAGCCUGCAGCAGACUAG